AUGAGCAAAGAACUCCAUGGCAUUGUGAAGGGUUGGGAAUCUAAGGUGAGAAAAGCACAAGCGGCUGCAAAGAAGAAAAGGGCGGGAGUCAGCAUUUUUGGAACAAUGUCAGUGGCCCAUGUUGAUGAUGAUCUAGACAAUCCAGGUGAGGUCUAUCAUGCAGAGAAAGUCUUCUCCAAUGGAGAUAUGUAUACUGGGCAGUGGGCUGAUAAUUGCCCCAAUGGCCAUGGCAAAUAUUUGUGGUCAGAUGGUUGUAUGUAUGUUGGCGAAUGGGUUAGAGGAAAGACAAAUGGUAAAGGAAAGUUUAGCUGGCCUUCAGGUGCUACCUAUGAGGGUCAAUUCAAGAAUGGGUAUAUGGAUGGUGAAGGGACCUACAUAGGUUGUUCAAACGACACAUACAGAGGUUCUUGGGUAUUUAACAUGAAACAUGGGAGAGGGACAAAGAAUUAUACCAAUGGUGAUCAUUAUGAUGGGAAUUGGCGCCGCGGCCGGCCUGAUGGGCAGGGGAGGUACCAAUGGAACAAUGGGAAUCAGUAUAUUGGGCAAUGGAGGAAUGGAAAGAUGAAUGGCAGUGGUACCAUGAUUUGGGCAAGCGGGAAUAGGUAUGAUGGUUGUUGGGAGGAUGGAUUGCCAAAAGGGAAUGGGACGUAUAGAUGGUUGGAUGGGAGCUUUUAUGUGGGAGUAUGGAGUGAGGAGCCUAAAGAGAUGACUGGGACUUAUUAUCCUUCAACUUCACAGAUAGGUCAUUUUGAUUGGGAUCCUCAGGAGGUGUAUAUAAAUUAUUUGAAGGAUUGCAGGAUUAGUCGAGGUGAGAAGAUAUCAGUAUUUCCUUCACAAAAAAUGGUUAAUUGGCCCUGUGAAGGAGAAUUCUUGCAGAAGCAGCCAACAUUGAAGAACUCGAGAGUAAAUGUUGCAAGGACAAAGAGAGCAUCUGCAGAUGGGAGAUUAAGCAGUGCAGGUGGCACUAGUUGGGGUUCUGAAUCUGAUUUCGGGUCUGAAACGAAUGGACAAAUGGGACGAGGGAGAGAAGAUGAUGAAGGUUUUGGGAGCUUAAGGUCUGAUGAUGGAGAUACAUCAAAAAGAAACAGACAUCACCAUAUCAGAAUACAGCCAACAAAAAGGCAAGGAAGGACAAUAACAAAAGGCCAUAGAAAUUAUGAACUCAUGCUCAAUUUGCAGCUUGGAAUAAGGCAUUCAGUGGGCAGGCCUGCUCCUGCCCAAUCACUUGAUCUAAGAACUACAGCAUUUGACACAAGGGAAAAGCUUUGGACUAAAUUUCCUCCAGAAGGAUCAAAAUAUACACCACCACAUCAAUCUUGUGAUUUUAGAUGGAAGGAUUACUGCCCAUUGGUUUUCAGGACUCUGAGGAAGCUAUUUAAGGUGGAUCCAGCAGAUUACAUGAUAUCUAUUUGUGGAAAUGAUGCUCUGCGGGAGCUCUCUUCCCCUGGAAAAAGUGGAAGCUUUUUUUACCUUACCAAUGAUGACAAGUACAUGAUAAAGACCAUGAAGAAGGCAGAAGUAAAAGUACUUUUAAGGAUGCUUCCAGCUUAUUACAAUCAUGUUCGAGCCUUUGAGAACACCCUAAUUGCAAAGUUCUAUGGCCUGCAUUGCGUAAAGUUAACUGGAUCUGCACAGAAGAAGGUGCGGUUUGUCAUAAUGGGGAAUUUGUUCUGCACAGAGUAUGCAAUUCACCGGCGUUUUGACUUGAAAGGUUCUUCCCAUGGCCGCUUAACUGAUAAACCUGAAUCUGAAAUUGAUUCAACAACUACCCUCAAAGACCUUGAUCUUAACUUCAUCUUUCGACUGCAGAAGAUCUGGUUCCAAGAGUUCUGCAGGCAAGUGGACAGGGACUGUGAUUUUCUUGAGCAGGAGAGAAUCAUGGAUUACAGUCUUUUAGUAGGUGUCCACUUUCGAGAAGUUUCACAAUCUGGGGAGCCACUGACAUGUGAGGCUCGAAGUUCUAGAGCAGGGAAUACUCCUGGUAAAUCAACUCCUCGGCUUUCCAAGGCAGACAUGGAUCUGCUUUUUGAUCCUUCUAGGUGUGCAUCCAUUAGAUUAGGCAUUAGUAUGCCAGCACGUGCUGAGGCAACAGUCAGAAAAAACGAUUUUGAGUUGAUUGGAGAACCUACAGGAGAAUUCUAUGACAUCGUACUCAUUUUUGGUAUCAUAGAUAUACUACAAGAUUAUGACAUUAGCAAGAAGCUUGAGCAUGCAUACAAAUCAAUCCAAUUUGAUCCUACUUCAAUCUCAGCUGUUGACCCCAGACAAUAUUCAAGACGCUUCCGUGACUUUGUAUUCAAAGCAUUCACAGAAGACAGCUAAGGCUAUAUGCAGUACUUCACUAUCUUCUACUAACUCCAGGUAGACGUCCUUGAAUGGCCAGAAACUGAUCAGAUAAGCAUGCCAUCCAGCAAAAGUUUCCAAGAGUUUGGCCUUAAAAGCAAUUGCCAUCCACAGAUGGACAAUGGCUGUCGCAGUCCCAUUUUGCAGUAAUUUUGCCUUCAUAAACUUCUCUUCCUUUUGUUUAUAGUUAAAGGUGUCAAUACAUCAAGGUACAUAGAAUAGCAUUUCAAGCAGGGGUACUCAGCAAGCCUGAGUGCGAUUGUAAAUGAAGAUGAAGCCGAGUUAGGAGGGGUUUUUUGGUACUCAAAUUCUUUUUGUCCUUGAGGGUGAUUAGCUCAGGGA